GGCCCCUCGGCUACCAUGUCACCCGCACAUCGUCCCUCAGCCCGCCCGCAGCAGCGCACCCGGCGUCAUGACGCCACUUCCGGCGCGGCGCUUUGUCACGGCAACGGGCGGCGUACCCCGCCUUCCCCGGCCAUGGACGCGCGGCGCCGGCAGCGGCCGCGGUGCCGGGAGGUGCCCGGGCCCUUCCCGCACUCCACGGCGCUGAGAGCCAGGUCUCCUAAAGAGCAAACCAGUGAAAACGUUGCCUCCGCCCAAAGACGGGAAGAAAAAGAACUUGAAUAUGCCAAUCUCUUAAAGCUCUACGCCCAGUAUCGCCACGUUAACGAGUGGCAGAAACACAAUGAACAGAAAUGGCUGCACAGCGCCCUGCAGAGAAAGGUGGACGCGGCCAUGCUGGAAUAUCUACCUGGAGCCGAGGAGAGGAGAGAGAGACUUCGUGAGCUUCUGGAAGCAGAGGAAACCAAAUACUUUGCCGAGAUGGACGCCCUUGAAGAAACGGUACAGGAGAAACACGACAAAAUGAGGAACAAGCCAAAAUACUGAGAGAGAAGAGAGAAAAAGAAAGACAACAACUGGUGGCUGAGAAACGGG